UUGCAAGUUCCCAAUUCAAGACAGCAAUGCUAGAUGCAGGAGCGCAAGGCCGACCCGAUACGCACCGCGACAUGUGUCCGUCCGCUUGUUGCUGCCUUGGUUACGGCGUAAUCUAGUCUUCCUGGGCCGAGGGCAUGACCGAAAACAAGAGGCUGCGCACGCGCUGUCCUUGUGGUGGGCGUCUGGCGAAGCUCGCUAAGGGCUCCCAACCUGAAAUCGCAGAGCUGAGCUGACUCUGCACAUCCAAUUGGCCGGCUACAGCGCACGGCAUAUCAACACACGUUCCUCACAGACUUGCACCUCCUACGCGCUAUGCUGCAUGAAUAGCCAACGCAAGGUGCAGCGGCAUGUCCAGCAAGUAUAAGUACCGCAGUCUUUGCGGCCUUUGCUGACCUGAUUUCCACAUACUGGCCUUCGACCAGAAUCAAGAACAGCCAGCGAAUACCAUCACAGCACGCACCAUGGCCGGUGUAGAAGAUGUCAUACCUGACGUGGGCUCGAAUGUGGAGUUGGAUCCGAAUGUUCGCAAGGUGCUACCCCACAACUCUACUAUCAUCAGUUCCUACACCUACGGAACUGCGGCAUGGACACGAGCAGCGCGUAUCACCAUCUUGCUUGAAGAUGGCAGCGAAAAGUCGUAUUUCCUCAAGUGCGCUUCGGAAGACCAAGGCAAAGCAAUGAUCGAAGGCGAAUUCGCGUCCAUUUCUGAAAUUGCAAAAUACACUCCGAGCUUGACACCGAUUCCCCAUGCUCACGGACAAUUCGAGGAUGCCAGCAUUCCGACCUACUUCUUUCUCAUGGAGUUCCUCAAUAUCGAGACCGGCGCUCCGGAACCAGCCACGAUAUCCAAGCAGCUUGCUGAUUUGCAUGCUCGAAGCGUUUCGCCGACCGGCAAGUUUGGGUACCACAUGAUCACUUGCCAUGGGCCACAUCCGCAAGAUACAAGAUGGGAAGAAUCAUGGGCCGUGUUCUUCGCCAGGCUUUUGCGCCAGUUUCACGAUCGUGAGGUCAAUACGAACGGCCCCUCAAAGGACGGCAGAUACGAGACUGAGAUGGACAAAUUAAUCACUUCGGCGAUUCCUGAAAUCCUGGGUCCGCUCCAAGCGAACGGGCGCACUUUGAAGCCGGCACUGGUCCACGGAGAUCUCUGGGAAGAGAAUUGUGGGAAAGACCUCGAGACAGGUCAACCAAAGAUAUUCGAUGCGGCGGUGUUCUAUGGCCAUAAUGAAUACGACCUUGGCAUGUGGAGACGAGAACUCAUUCGAUUCGGUCGACCGCAUAUACGCCAAUAUCUACGACACAUGCCUCCCAGUGAGCCCAAGGAACAGUGGGAUGACAGAAGUCGGCUGUACUGCAUAAAAUUUGAGAUCGCGCAUUCGAUCGGUUGGCCGGCGUCUUGUGAAAGCCAACGUGAAAUGUAA